AAAAGAAAGAGGAAAGCAACCUGGCUGUGAGACAUGAACAGAAUUAGUACUUUCAAACUCAUUAGAUGCAUCUUUAGAAAAUGUUUGUCUCCACGAAUUUGUAGAGAUAUAUAUCACCGAUAUUACUGCACAGAGUCCAGUUCUCACGGUACUGGUCUCAGCAGAAUCAUGCAGCUAAAAAGUAAACUAACAAAUGGUCCCAGUUUUCAGGAUUUCAUCAUGAGUUCUGAUAAAAGCGAUUUUGACGGCAGUGAGGAAUAUGAGGAGCACUAUAUUCCUAAAUACAUGUCAGACCAUUCACGGAAAGUAUAUUUUGAAACAUAUGGCUGUCAGAUGAAUACCAAUGACACUGAAAUUGCUUGGUCCAUUCUACAAAAAGCAGGAUACUCAAGGACGCUUGAGCUUCAAAAGGCAGAUGUGGUAUUGCUUGUCACUUGCUCCAUAAGAGAAAAGGCAGAGCAAACGAUUUGGAACAGGCUCAAACAUCUCACUGCCUCCAAGAAAAGGAUUCAAAAACACAAGCGUUCAUUAACAAUAGGUGUCCUAGGAUGCAUGGCGGAAAGACUGAAAUCAGAGUUACUUGACCAGGAGAAACUGGUGGAUGUACUAGCUGGGCCAGAUGCAUACAGAGAUCUUCCUCGGUUAUUGUCUCUUGCUCAUGGAGGCCAGCGGGCUAGCAAUGUCUUAUUAUCAUUAGAGGAGACAUAUGCUGAUGUCAUUCCUGUCCAUCAGACUCUGGAGGGGCACAGUGCCUUUGUGUCCAUCAUGCGUGGCUGUGAUAACAUGUGUAGUUACUGUAUAGUGCCUUUCACUCGUGGCAGAGAGAGGAGCAGACCCAUGUCUUCCAUUGUGGAGGAGGUUCGCAUGCUUUCGGAUCAGGGAGUAAAGGAGAUCACCCUUCUUGGGCAGAAUGUGAACAGCUAUAGAGACCUGUCUAAAUUGCAGUUCUCCUGUUCUGAGAGAAACACUCAACUCAGCAGAGGCUUUCAGAGUGUAUAUCGCACAAAACAGGGAGGUCUUCGCUUUGCAGACCUUCUGGACAGAGUGUCCCUUAUCAAUCCAAAUAUGAGGAUACGCUUCACCUCACCACACCCUAAAGACUUCCCUGAUGAGGUGUUACAGUUGAUUCAGGAGAGAAGUAAUAUAUGCAAGCACCUCCAUUUGCCAGCGCAGAGUGGCAGCAGUCGGAUUCUUCAUGCUAUGAGACGUGGUUACACUCGAGAGGCAUAUCUUGAGCUUGUGGAAAAUAUUCGGAAAAUAAUACCAGGAGUCAGUUUGAGCAGUGAUUUCAUAGCAGGAUUCUGUAGUGAGACUGAAGAAGACCAUCAGCAGACCAUCUCCCUCCUCAAGGAAGUGGGCUACAAUAUUGGCUUUUUCUUCACCUACAGCAUGAGAAAGAAAACCCAUGCAUAUCAUCGGUUGGAAGAUAAUGUUCCUGCACCAGUGAAAAAGCGCCGUCUGGAAGAACUUAUCUCUGUUUUUAGAGAAAAGGCAACUAAAGUCAACAUGACUCUUAUCGGCAACACACAGCUUGUAUUGGUAGAGGGAAAAAGCAAAAGAUCAUCUGAGGAGCUUUGUGGACGAAAUGAUGGAAAUGUGAAAGUGAUCUUUCCUAAAACAAAUUUGCCUGUUCAACCAGAGAAAACUCAGAUGGCCUGCAUUACACCUGGUGAUUAUGUGUUAGUCAAGAUCACAUCAGCUAAUUCGCAGAGUUUGAGAGGACAUGCCUUAAACCACUCCUCACUGAAUGACAGAAAAACAGCCUGACAAUCUUCUGUGUGAAUCCCUGCUGACCUAAAGAUAUCCAAAAUGACUUGCUUUUUUCAUUUGACUAUGUGCACUCAUUAAUGUAUUAUUAUGUUUUGUGUGUUAAAACAAAAUGUUAAUAAAUGCUAAACAAAUAAAAAAGAAAUGUUAAAGAUGUAAUGUGCAGAAAAAUAAAUGGACAGUUUCUCUAAA